AUGUCCAAAUCCUUCACAUGGGGACCAACCUAUAAUUAUCAUGUGAGCUACUCUAUUACCAUAUUGUCUGGCAUAAUGGAAGUUCUUUUCAGAAUUCUCAAAGGGCAGGAUCUUUCUGGUGUCCUACCGAUAGUGAAGUUACCCUACCUUAAAAUUAUUGAUUUAUCUCGCAACUAUCUCCGUGGUUCUCUUCCCCCUGAAUGGGCUUCUACCAAGUUGGAAUAUAUGUAUCUUUCUAUAAAUCGCAUAUCAGGAACAAUUCCAAAGUUUUUGGGAAGUAUUACCAGUCUCACCAAUGUGAGCUUCGAAAGCAACAUGUUUAAUGGAACUGUUCCAGCAGAGCUCGGGAAUUUGGUCGACUUAUUGUAUCUCAAUUUUAACUCUAACAAUCUCACUGGGGAGCUGCCAAAGGAAUUCAGUAAUCUGAUAAAUUUGAGAGAACUUAGGUUGAGCAGUAACAAUUUGAAUGGAAAGUUACCCAGUUUCCAGAGUUGCAAACAACUUAGAAUACUAGAGCUUGAAGCAAGUGGGUUUGAAGGACCUAUACCUUCUGACAUUUCUCUCUUGCGUAAUUUAACUGAAAUAAGGAUUACAGACUUGAACGGAGGGGCUUCAGAAUUUCCAAAGCUAGAAAACAUGACAGCCUUGGAAAAAUUGAUGUUAAGGAACUGUGACAUAUCCGGAACAAUCCCAGUCUAUCUAGCAAGUUUUCCUUUAAAAGUAUUGGACCUAAGCUUCAACAGGUUGGAAGGAAAUAUCUCUAACUUUGAUGGAGCCACACGAUUACAGUACAUGUAUCUGACAAGGAAUUUGCUUAAUGGGAGUAUUCCAGACUGGAUCAAGAACAGAGAUAAUAGAUACCUAACAGAUCUUUCGUACAACAACUUUUUUGUGCAAGAUGUGCCUUGUAAAGAAACCCUUAACUUGUUCAGAAGCUUCUCCGGUGGAAACUUCUCAAAAUCUUCGAGCUCGAUUCUGGAGUCUUCGCUCAGUCUUCCUUUGCUAAAGGACUCAGAUAGCGAGUCCGUUUCAAUUUCGUCUCGCUUAUCUCUUUCGUCCUCAUCGUCUGGUCACGAGCACGAUGAUCUCCCGAGGCUUUCGCUUGAUUCCGAGAAGCCUAAUCUCAGUCAAAAACCCGAUCGGAAAUUAACAAGUGCCUGGGGGGUCUCUCCUUGUCCAAAACAAGAUGGGUAUUCUUUGCAUAUAAAUUGUGGUGGAGGACAAACGAAAGUUGGAAACACUGUGUAUGUAGCAGAUGAAUCCCAGGGAGGUGCAGCAACAUUGCGAGCAGUAGAAAAUUGGGGAUUUAGUAGCACUGGACAUUUCUGGGAUGUCAAUGCAACUGCAGGGUACUAUAUAACCAAAAAUGUUUCUGUUCUUACAAUGAAUGAGUCUCAAUUGUACACAAGUGCUCGCCUUUCUCCUCUGUCUCUUACUUACUAUGGGCGUUGCUUAGCAAAUGGAAACUACACAGUGACCCUUCAUUUUGCUGAGAUAGUUUUCAGAGAUAAUCGAUCCUAUCAGAGUCUUGGUAGACGAAUAUUCAAUGUUUAUAUCCAGGAUGAACUGGUUUUGAAGGAUUUUGAUAUUGAAACUGUUGCACAAGGGGUUGACAAGGCUGUAGUUCUAAAAUUUAACAACACAGUUGUUAAGAAUAAGACCAUAGAGAUUCGCUUUUACUGGGCAGGGAAAGGGACAAGAGCUGUUCCUGAUCGAGGAAUUUAUGGUCCUCUCAUAUCAGCUAUUUCUAUAGAAUCCAAUUUCAAGCCUCAUUCUGAUCAGAGAAAGAAGAUAGUCAUUGUAGUUGGAGCUGUAACUUUUUCAUUAUGCCUCGUUUUCAUGAUUCUAUUUAUCUUCUGGCGGAGACGCCAUUCAGGAAGCAUUACUUCAAGGGAACAAGAACUAAGAGGAUUAGAUUUGCAAACUGGUUUAUUUACCUUCAGACAAAUUAAAGCUGCCACUAACAACUUUGACGAUAGCAACAAAAUUGGGGAAGGCGGUUUUGGAUCUGUCUAUAAGGGUAUAUUAUUGGACGGUACUGUAAUUGCAGUUAAGCAGCUUUCUUCCAAAUCAAAGCAAGGAAAUCGUGAAUUUGUUAAUGAGAUUGGUAUGAUCUCUGGUUUACAGCAUCCAAAUCUUGUAAGAUUGUACGGAUGUUGCAUUGAAGGGAAUCAACUACUAUUGGUGUAUGAAUACAUGGAAAACAAUAGCCUUGCCCGAGCUCUAUUUGGUCCAAAGGAAUGGCAAUUGAAUUUGGGUUGGCCUAGCAGGCUAAGGAUUUGUGUUGGCAUAGCAAGAGGUUUGGCAUUCCUGCACGAGGAAUCAAGACUGAAAAUUGUUCAUAGGGACAUCAAGGCUACCAAUGUGCUACUUGAUGGGGAUCUUAACCCUAAGAUCUCUGAUUUUGGUCUGGCUAAGCUUACUGAAGAUGACAACACCCACAUUAGCACCAGGGUUGCUGGAACUAUAGGGUACAUGGCCCCAGAAUAUGCAUUAUGGGGUUAUUUAACCAACAAGGCAGAUGUUUACAGUUUUGGGGUUGUUGCAUUGGAAAUUGCUGCUGGAAAGGACAAUAUGAAAUUUCGUCCUAGUGAUCAAUAUGUCUGUCUGCUUGAUUGGGCCCUUGUUUUGCAACAAAAAGGGCGUUUAAUGGAGUUGGUGGAUCCACAGUUGGGUCCUGAUUUCGACAAGGAAGAGGCAGUAAAAAUGAUCAAGAUAGCAUUAUUAUGCACUAAUCCAUCUCCGGCACUUAGGCCUGCCAUGUCUGCAGUAGUAAGCAUGCUUGAAGGUCAUCUUGACAUUCAGGACUUAGUCAUGGAUCCAAGUAUCUAUGGUGAUGAAUACAGGUUUAGAUCCCUCAAAGACAAGUACGAUGAGCUGCAACUACAGAGUUCAAAUGAAGCUCAGAGCCUUAUUGAUUCGAUGGUCACGACACAAAUUGGAUCUUCCUCUACAUCUACCAAUGAUCUUUUAUCAAAUCAAUCUUGAUUCUGUGUAACACUGCCAACAUGAGGAUGUGUCUGGGUGGGUUCAUUAUAUUUUUUGCAAUGCCUUCAUUAGCAUUUUUUUUUUUUAAUAAAUUUUUAGAAGCAAUAGUAUGCUUUGACUAUUGCUUUCAAAUGUAUGAAAAGUGCUUUCAAGAUGCUUAUCAAAUAGUGCUUUAGAUGUG